AUGGACAAUCCGUUGUUUGCACAAAACCGCAAAGAAUUUCAUGGCAUUAUUGUUGAGGUCGUUAAGACCGUUUUUUUCAAUCGCACCGUUCCGCUCGUCAGAUUCUACUCGGACAUGAGCAUUAAGAUCGCCCAUGAGUACGAGGGACUCCGUAUUCGGCACUUCAUAUGGAGCACCUUCCACUUCCUGAAGGAAGUUUUCAUGUUCUGGCUCAAGACUGGGCGUGUAGACCUGUAA